AUGUGUGACACUCAUGGGCCAAGGGCUCCUCAAAAAGAAAUUCUCCCAAUCCAACGUUUCGCUCCUGCAGUUCCAACUAGUGAAGACUGUCUUUACCUGAAUCCCGACGGAAGAGCAGUUUUGGUCUUUAUUCACGGUGGUGGGUUUGCAACUCAUACAUCAGCAAAUUAUGGCGAUUAUAAUAUAUGCAAAACUCUGUGUUCAAGAGAGUUAGUAGUAGUGACAAUUCAGUAUCGACUUGGAAUUCUUGGCUUUUCUGCAACUGGAGACGAGCACUCAAUUCCAAACCUCGGUCUCUGGGACCAAGCAAUGGCUUUGAAAUGGGUGAAAACUAAUAUUGCGAAUUUCAAAGGGAAUCCAGAAAACAUCACUAUUUUUGGUCAAAGUGCUGGUGCUGCAUCUGUUGACAUGCUUUGCCUAUCGCCUCACACUAACGUGCUUUUCAAUAAAGCUUUUGCACUUGGUGGCAGUGCCAGCUGUGGAUGGGCAAUGAUAAACAUAGAGGAUCUUCGAAAUGCAACAAUAAAUUUUGCAAUGAAAUUGGGCUGGAGACCUCCAGAAAACGGAAGUAGAAGCGAGAUCAGCCAAAGCUUGAUGGAUUUUCUGAGGAAGCAACCUAGCAAAAAGCUUGCGCUUGGAAUGUCUGAAGCCAAGAGAACAAAUAAAAAUCCUUACGGGCUGUUUUUCGUACCAGUUGUUGAUGGAGAUUUUUUUCCAGCGUCAAUUCCAGAACUGCGUAAACAGGCGCCAAAAAAAUCUUUUAUGAUUGGAACUACAGAAUACGAAGGGCUUUUGUUCGUUGCACUAGCUAAAAAGUAUUAUGGUAUCAAAAAACUGAAGAAGAUAAUUCCUGAAAAGUUUACGGCAGACAAGUAUCAAGACUACGAAGAAUUGAAAAGCAAAGUUACCGCUAUGUACCUGAAGCCGCAACAGACAAAAAAUGAAAUGACUCGAGCAUACGUCAAGCUUUUAAGCGAUUUGUUCAUCAACAACGGUGUACACGAAUUUGCUCAGGACAUGACAUUUGCUGGACACACAGUUUACCUGUACAGUUUUUUGUACUGUAAUCCGAAACAUUUUGGUUUUCUAGGCUUUUUUUUCCCCUUCAAAGCAGCGACACAUGCAAUGGAAUUACCAUAUCUCUUUGGCAAAGGUCUCAUGUCGAGUUUUAAGCCAACCAUUGACGAUCAGAAAGUUAUGGAGAAAUUUCAUACUUUGAUAUCAAACUUCGCCAUCUAUGGAGAUCCUAAUGGCACCAGCAUGGAAAAGCAAUGGAAACCACUAACUGCUGAAGAUACUUACUGUUAUCUGAGCAUCGAUAAAGAACUUGUCAUGAAGUCCAAUUAUGAAGACCGCCGACCAGAGUUUUGGCACCAGCUGAACGCUCGAAAAUUAUCAAUACUAAAAGACAAAAAAGAAGCAGUCGAAGAAAAAACCGUGUGA